AUGUACAGGUUGAGUCGUGAUGAUCUGAAAAUUAUUUGUGGAGUAGCUGAAGGGAUACGAAUUUUCAACGCACUUGUAAAAGGAAUGAAAACAACAAAACUAUUGCUUUUCGUCAGUCCGAAAAAUUUUUCGGAUCAUGAAAGUAAAGUAUUGUUGCGUAGAUGGAUGUCUUCGGAUAUUGUGGCUCCGGACUCUCCUAACAACGUUACGUCCUCAACUGUUUCUAACGGUUCCUUCAGCAAUCUCGCGCAUAAUAUUGAUAACAUGUAUCUUUCUCAGCAUUUUCAAAACAAUCAAACGCAUAAAAAGCGAUAUUCAAAAAAACAACCUCAAAAUCAGCACAUUGAAGAAAAUCAGAGCAAUGAACCGGAAAAGGAAACACUCAAAAAAGUGAAGAAUUCAACAAAUUAUGAUGAAAAUGACAACAACGUUAAAACUGAUGCUACAAAAGCUUUUCUACCAGUUUUGAGAUGCGGCGACAAACGACCGUCUCAAUGGCAACUGCUGAUAGUCGCCCCUAAAAAGAGUAAACAGCUAGAAGAGUUGAUGGUCGAUGGCUGGGAAGUGACAAGAUCUGACAGACGCAGAAACUGUUACAGCAUGCAAAGCAGUAGUACAAAAUUAAACGAAUAA